AAAAAGAUGUCUCUUUGAUUAUUGACAGUAAUAGUGCUCUUCUGAAGAUUGCACAGGGUUAAGUUCUUCAUUUAAAUCAAAUCAAUAUCUCCGAACGCGCCGUUUUUAAUUUGAAUGUGCGAGACUUCCGGCGUCAUUCGCUUCCAGUUAUUUUACCUGUACAAAAAGAGUCCGUUAUGCUGCGUAACAUAGCAAACUGUCAUUUUAAUAUACAUAUUUUAAAUUAUCCUCAUAAUCAUAAUAAACACUGACAGGCGCUUUAUCGUCAGCGGGAUCUGAAUGUGUCUCUAUCGCCCUCUUCAGGACGGAGCGUCGUCACGGUAUUUCUGUUACUGUAUGAAACUGCGAUCAUCAAACUCCACAAACUAACCGAGAGUAGUUUCAGAUGAACCAAAUAAUGAAAUCUGAGACUUAUCUGACCAGAAGAGAGGAAACUAAGCAAGAUAUGGACUCUCUGAAAGCACACAAGGAUCCAUGGAAGGUCUAUAAGCAGGAAACCCCCAGCUCUAUUCAAUAUUUUGCCGGCCGGAGUGUGCGUCUGCUGGAGUCGCUGCAGUCGAGUCAUCUGAGGGCCCUGAUGGAGUCGUUCUUUAGACAGCGUUCAGUCAGAUCCAAACCCAACAGAAGAGUCCCAGUCUCAGCUAACUCCAUGAGUUUUGAGGAUUUCUUCUCCUCUCUGAAAGAAGCGACAGGCCAGGACUACCAGAGAAGAGACGUGGAGGAGUUAUUCAAUGAGAUGGACGUCUCGUGUGAUGGUUGUGUAGGAUGGCAAACGUUCCACAACUUCAUUCUGCAGCAUCUCAAGCAUAUGAAAGACUCGAUGUGGGCCUGUAAACAUGUCCCCAUCUCACAGCCGUCAAUACACCACUGUACCUACAACAAGCAAGAGCCGAUUGUGCGAGUCUUGGCUUUGAGUCAGUCUCCACCCAUGCGUUACAUCAGCGUCAGCAAGAGAGGGACUCUCAUCGUGUGGAACAGACAUCUGAACAGCAUUAAGCCUCUGGAGAUGUGUGCCGGCCCCUUUAAUAAAAGGCAGUAUCGAAAGAGCUUCCAGGGCUGGACCACUGAUGCUGUCUACUUGGGAAAUGUUCACAAAAUUGCUGUUGCGACCCUGAGCAGGGGCAUCCACUUCUUUGACGUGACUACCACAUGCAGUUUUGAGCAGGUUCACCUGUUCGGACUGAGUCAUAUUGCUACUGCUCUGUGUUAUUGGUACGACACAGAGGCUCCGGGAGAAAAGUGCGUGCUGAUGUGGGGCGAUGACAGAGGCUCUGUGAAUUUGCUGUGGUUUCUUCAGCCUUUCAAGGGACUCUUUGAAAUGCCUUUCACCAACCAGAGCGGCCCAGUCCAAAUCUUCAUGCCAGAUAUACAUGCACACAGCGCACUGGUCUCCUAUCAGCACAUCCCAAAAAUCCACAAUGAGCCGAUUAACAGAAUCCUGUUUGAGCCGCAUGAUGAGCUCAUUAUUACUUCAUCAGAAAGUCCAGCCAGCUCUGUGGUCAUCAUUGAUGUCAGUCAGAAGAGAGAGGAAUACAUCUGGAGAAUAGAAAAGGGAGUCAGGUGUUUUGACUUCAGCUUCUCUCUGGGGCUGCUGGUGACCGCUGGAGUGGGUUCUGCGGUCAGACUGUGGAACCGUUAUGUGACCUCUCGCCCGACUGCGGUUCUGCGCAGUCACCAGACCACUGUGCUGGAUGUGGUUAUUCACCAAACACUGGGCAAGAUCUUCAGCUACUCCAAGGACGCGGUGCUGAAAAUAUGGGAUAUUCCUUCUCAGCACUGCUUAAAGACGAUUCCCCUGCAGUUCCCUAAUAUCCAGCUAGGCUUCGCUCCGGAGCAUGGCAGCGUUCCUCUGCUCCUCAGCCUGACUCCAGAUCCUGUGCUCCUGGUGACCUGCAGAGAGUUUCUGGCCACACUACAUCUGCACAAGAGCCAACCCAACAGCAGGUCUGGGAUUUACACCUAUGCCCUCUAUAAUCCCCAUCUUCAGCAGGUGAUCACAGCCUGCGCUGACUCCACACUGACGGUGUGGGAUGUGAAGACAGGCAUCAAGACGAUGGAGAUAAGGAACGCUCACGGUACGGAGGAGGUCUCCUGUAUGGCACUAGAUGUACAUCAGCGCAGACUGAUCUCUGCAGCCACCAAUGGCACUAUCAAGGUGUGGAACUUACUGAAUGGCCUCAAUCUUCACAAACUAGAAACCGUCUCCAAUUCAGAGGUCACCGGGGUCAUCUGUCACCAUGACAACCAGCUUCUAGCCACAGGCUGGAGUCGACUGAUCGCUCAGUAUAGCAUUGCAUUUUCAGAAGACAUCUAUAUAAAUGCAGACCUGUCCUGGAACUCUGGUCAUCAGCACAGUGAGGAUAUCCUGGCCAUGGAUCACUGUCCGGGUCUGGGUCUUCUGGCUACUGGGAGUUAUGAUGGAGAGAUCAUUAUAUGGAGCCUGGCUCUGCAGAAACCCAUCACUCGACUGCAGACACACAAGCUACUGAAAGCUCAUCUGCCUGUUCAUAGACUGCUGUUCCUGCAAAGACGAGCCGAGCAGAGUCACCUGAGGAGCGGUGCGGUGCUGCUCAGCUCACAGAAGGGAUCUGUCUGCUGCUGGAGCAUCUCCGGGCCCACACACAACCACGGACAGUUCUAUGCACCUGAUGGAGCUGACGAGUGUGUGAUGGGUUUAAGCACAGACCACGAAAACAGUCUGCUUGUGACCGGAGACACAGCCGGAUUCAUUAAGGUCUGGGACAUCUCACACUACGCUUUAUCUGCUGCAGAUUCACAGUCUGCAGAAAGUCGUCCCUCACUGCUGCAGUCUUGGAGGGGUCAUGAGAGGGCGAUAGUGAGCAGCGAGCUGCUGGUGUACGAGUCUCAGCUCUUGGUUCUGAGCGUCUCGGUGGACCGCAGGGCCUGUCUCUGGACCCCUCAGGGAAGUUGUGUGGGCUGGUUUGGACAGGAACAGCAGUGGGAUCUGAGCAACCCGGACACUUACCAAACCAACAGAGAAGCUACCAGUCCAAUCAAAGAGGAGGAGGAGGAGGACAGCCAAUCACGUGUCGGUGCUGGGAGUUUCAUCUGCUGGGGUGAAAGUUCAGAGGUCACUGGGACAAGCCUUAGUGCGGGUGAUAGUCAACAAACAGACCUGCAGAGAAGCGUUCUGACUCUACAGACCCCAGACCCUGACCUCAGGAGCUCUUUAGGGAGAGUCACACUGCCCAAAUACAGUGAGGUUCUGUCUGGAGAUCAUGUGUUUAGGGAUCUGGAGAUUCAGAUGAGUGCGAGGCAACACAGGCCACGGGAAACUGUCCGAGAGAAGCUCUGUCGCUUCGGGAACGAGUUCAUGCCGCUUCAGGCUCUGGAGCUGCCGGAGAUCAGUGAGCUGAAAGAUGUCCCUUUGAAGCCUUGGAGAUUGAAGAUCCGUCAGAUUUCCUCCAGAAGAGCAGAGACAAGCUCUCGCACGCUCUCGUCUGAAGCUCCUCUGCUCUGUGAAACUCUGGAGGACUAGACAGCCAUACGAUGGAGGACACAGCCCGGUGACUGAACACUGAUUUACACUGUUUUACACCCAAAUUCACCUCCUCUGCCUUAACAGCUUAAUAGAGAUUGCUUUUGUGCCAUCACUGUUAAGUCACAACAAUUUUUGUAUGCAAUAUGUAUUAUUUAUUAUAAUAUAGAGGAUAAUAAUUUUAAAAUGUUUUUGAAAUUUGACUGUGUAUGCAUUUUAGCAAUAAAUCAUUUUUCUUAAUUAAAAAUUAGGUUGUAUUAGGUUGUAAUUAUUACGUUUAUUGACAACAUUAAAAUGUGUCUUUCUAAAAAAUCCUGGCAAGAAAAACAUUUUUUAAUUCACACUUUGAACGACAUGGAAAAUCACUCCGA